AUGUAGUGAAGUUUCUCCUCAAAACGAAAAACGUUACAAAUAGAGGCGCGUCACAAGGAAAAACUCGAUCUGGCACGAGAACGAAAAGGAAGACGCGCCCGUGCGCACCAAUGGCGGCCACCGACCCUUAUUUACUGAAGUCAAAAUGGCUGCCCUUCGGCGUUUCACACGUUCGAAACUUUCAAAUAUUAUUCUUCGUUCUUGUGGCGAAUAUAUUUCAUUGAAUAGAGAUUUACCGAUUAUUACGCAGAAAAGAUGGGGAAAAUACAAAAGUUCACCUCAAUAUACAGAAUCUUCUAAAUAUACGGAUUAUGAAGUAACAAAAAAUCCUCAAGAAUGGGAAUAUGUAGAACGUUUAUUUAAACCAAAAUCUAUACCUAUACCUUGUUUAGAAAAUAAAGAAUAUCCAUCUGGAUGGAAACCACCAGUUUCCAAACCACAAGAAUAUCCUUAUUACAUACAACGUACAAAAAACUAUAUGCAACCUGUCUAUCUUGAAAUUUCUCAUCGAGGAUUACGAAGAAUAACCACUGUUCGUAAAAUUCAUGGAAAUAUCUGGAUAUUAGAAACUGAAUUAAAGAAAUAUUUAGAAAAAAAUGUAAAAAAAUCAAUUGGUGUUCGUAGUAAUGAACUAUCUGGUCAAAUUCAAUUUAGAGGAGAUUAUGUAAAUCUCAUUAAAGCAUGGAUGAAUGAAAAAGGAUUUUAAAUAAUAUAAUUUUAAAUAAUAUAAAAUCUUAUAAUAUAAUGCUUUUUGUAAAUAGAAGGAGAA